UUGUUGUCUUACUGGUGAGACACCUGACUUGUGACAAAUGGACUUGUUCCAUAAUAUCGAAGAGUGUGACUUGAACCUAGGAGACCAUAUAUAUGUAUGGAAGACAAUGUAUUUAUACACGCAUCACGGGAUUGUAGCGGAGAAAAAAAGGGGUGUUUGGCAAAUCAUACAUUUUACUGGAGAUGAAAGCAAAUCAAAGAGUACAGCCAGGAUUAGAAUAACGUCUCUUGAGGAAUUUAAAGAAGACAGUGAUGGGGAUAUACGAUUAUAUAGGUAUGGUCUUCCCACGCGGGUUUGCGCAGUAAAGAGACGUGGAACCUGCUGUCCUGCGUCCAGUGAUCCUGUGGAUGUUGUUUUGCAUCGAGCUAGAGCGUGUUUAGAUGUGGGCCUGCCUGUAAAUGGGGAGUAUCAUUUAUUGGUGAACAACUGUGAACAUUUCUGCUUGUACUGUAAAUUGGGGCCAUAUUACAAAGACCUACAACCAUUUAGUCAAGUAUAAUUGUAGCCACAAAGAGCAUGGCUCUAAAAUGUUGAACUAUGUUCAAACAUAAUUAAUUGCCAUGGUUCAUCGCGUUAUGAGAGUAGUCAGAACACGUUCAAUCAUCUUCAAUCACAC